AUGGCAAGCGGCAGUCUCUUCAUGGACAACUUCUCACUUCCAUCUUCCAAUUCCCUUCCUUCCAGCAGACUUCCUGAGUUUGUAGUUGAGCCUACUGUUGCUCGAUCUAUGUCAUUUGUCGGUACCCACGAAUACCUUGCCCCUGAAAUUAUCAAAGGGGAAGGUCAUGGAAGUGCAGUUGAUUGGUGGACAUUUGGAAUAUUCUUGCAUGAAUUAUUAUAUGGCAAAACCCCUUUCAAAGGGUCAGGAAACCGUGCUACGCUUUUCAAUGUAGUAGGUCAACAGCUCAAAUUUCCCGAGUCUCCUGCGACCAGUUACGCUAGCAAGGAUCUGAUCCGCGGCUUACUGGUGAAGGAGCCGAAGCAUCGUCUCGGGGUUAAAAGAGGCGCAACUGAGAUCAAACAGCAUCCUUUCUUUGAAGGUGUGAACUGGGCAUUGAUUAGGUGCAGCACUCCACCAGAAGUACUAAGACCAGUGGAAAACGAACCGCCGCCGCCACCACCAAUUAAGGUUGGACCAGCAAUUGAUGCUGUUAGGUUUGGCAGUACUAGUAAGAGGAUGUCAGGUAACAAUGAAAUGAAGCCUGGGGGUAAAUAUCUGGAUUUUGAGUUCUUUUAA